AAGGGACAGGUGUGUGAUUUUAUUUUAGCAUUUAUCUCGCAUGGGAACAUGUUUGAAUGUGAAGAGAAGCUGUGGUGAUGCAAGCGAUUGUAGCGUGUGCUCAUCAGACGUAUUAUGCAGCUUCUAAAGCCUCCCUGGGUUUCUCACAACGGGAAUCCCAUAAUUUCUGUCGACAUCCACCCGGAUCAAACUCGUUUCGCUACCGGUGGUCAAGACGGAGACGCCGGGCGUGUGUCGAUAUGGAGCAUGGCUCCUCUUCAGAAUGUUGCAUCUGAGGAGUCUGAAAGCGUGUCGAAGUUACUUUAUAAAAUGGAUAACCAUCUGGCUUGUGUGAAUUCGGUUCGGUGGAGUCCUACGGGUCGGUGGUUAGCGUCAGGAGGUGACGAUAAAUUGGUUAUCAUAUGGCAGAUGUCUAGGGAAGCGCCGAUGCCUGUGUUUGGCGGAGAUGGUCGUGCCGCGGCAGAAACAUGGAGAGCCCUAACUUUGCUCCAGGGCCACAUGGGAGAUGUUCUCGAUUUGGCUUGGUCACCGAAGGAACAUCAGCUUGCAUCUUGCUCAGUCGACAACUCCAUAAUUAUAUGGGACACUCGGAAAUGGGGAGAAAAAGUUGUUGUCCUACGAGGACACACAAGCUUAGUUAAAGGAGUUUCCUGGGAUCCUGUUGGGAAAUUCUUGGCAUCACAGUCAGAUGACAAAACGCUGAGAAUUUGGCGUUGUCAAGACUGGAAGUGUCACAAAGUUAUUUCUGAACCAUUUGAAGAGACUUCGGGAGCUACCCAUGUUUUGAGGCUGCAUUGGUCACCAGAUGGUCAAGCGUUGGUGUCCGCAUUUGCGAAAAAUGGAGGAUGGCCUACUGCUCAAAUUAUUCGAAGGGAAGGAUUUGAACUUUUCAACGAUUUUGUUGGGCAUCGCAAAGCUGUGACAUGCGUCAAAUUUAACCCGCAACUCUUUCAAGACGUCGUUGAACUUGAUGUUCCGAAUGGAGAUGCGGUGCAAGAAGAUGCUGAUCAGCAUGGAAAUCAAAAAUCUGAAACUAAUGGCACAACUGAAGCUGGAAAAAUUUCUGCGAAAAAAGCAAAAAAACAAUCUCAUGUGAAUCCAGAAUAUUUGUGCUGUGCAUUAGGAUCUCGGGAUCAUGGUUUGUCCAUUUGGCUAACCAAAAUUCAGCGACCGCGUAUUGUUCUGGAAAGCUUGUUUUCUGAUUCGGUGACUGAUCUAUCGUGGAGUGCGAAUGGCCUGGAAUUGAUGGCCUCUAGUUGGGAUGGAACCAUCGCCUUCAUAUCGUUUGAACCGUCCGAAUUGGGUCGUUCAAUUUCAAUGGAAGAGAGGAGCAAGCUUAUGAGGAAGUAUUAUGGGAGUUUUGCGAUGGAUUCCGAUACAGGAGAAUUUGGUUUGAAAUCAAUCCAAUCUCAGAUCAUGGAAAAUCCCAUGUCUGAACCCGAUAUUACCAAAUUCAAUGAAGAGAAUUCACUUAAUAGAGGUUUUGGAGAUGCUUCUUCGUCGCCUUCCUCCGCGAAGGUAGUGAUCAAAGGACCAACAGACAAGCAAAUUGAGACAAGAACCACCGAUGGCAGAAGACGCAUUACUCCGAUAUUUAUUCCCGUGGAUUUAGGUCCAAUACCGCAGCCGUUCGGAACUCCAUCUUCAACCCCCCAUGUGGACGAAAAUGGAUCAAGACCGGGCAAAAUGAAUGGUUUUCCCGCCGUUCCAAGUGAUCAUAAGAGGGAAAAAGUUCAGUCGAAGUCUGAGAAAUCGGCAGACGAUGAAACUUCGCUGUCUUCUUCUUCAUCCUCAUCGGACAAUGAAUCCACGUCUUCUGAAGAAGAUAACGAAGUGGAGGCCGAUUCAGAACGUCAGGGUGAAGUCGACAAAGCACGCGGUGAUAUUAUUGAUGCGGUAAAGGGGAUUGUCGAACCGGACGUUCCCAAAGAAGAAAAACUAGAAGAAAGUACGGCGUCCACCAGUUCAGGAAGUUCAGAUUCCGAUGACGAUGACUCAUCCUCGUCGUCAUCAUCGUCGUCCGAUGACGGGAACGAGCCUGUGAUUACUGAUCAGCAGAAAAAGCUGGAGCCGGCAGAAAGCCGUGUUGAACAAGCUGAUGAUUCUGAUGAAUGUGCCGAGGAGGACGUUGAAAUGAAGGACGAAAAGUCGAGUAGUGAGUCAGAAGAAGAGGUACAGAAAUCAUCUGGUAUGUCAAGGAAGCGCAAACUGGAAAGCUCGGAAGAUGAGGCCGUAAAUGAAGCAGAAGAAGUGGAGCCUGACGUUGCGGAGCCGGAGCCAUGUCGUACGAAAAAGUCAGUUCCUCGACCAAGUACGAGGAAGGAUAGACCGGAAACAGUACCAGAGACUCUCGGCGUUGAUGAUCUUUUGGGUCGUCGAAUUGGAACUCAGGAAAAGCUGGCUCCUUCAUCCCCGGUUCCACCGAAACCUGACGAAAAGCCGAGAGGAGGCAUUUUAAUUCGGAUACCAUCGACCGUCACGUCGCCUGGCCUAAGUCUUCAAGCUGAAAAUUUCGUUUAUACGUCUGCCGGGAAAGCUGUGCAUAGAAUCAAGUGCAAACCCGAAGGCACGUCCGCGUUGAAACAUAUUGCUUGGGAGGAGCUUUAUAGUUCCCCAAUAACGCACGUUGCCUUAACAUCUAGUUUGGCCGUUGUUGUGUGUUCAGAUGGGAUGCUGAAUUGCCAUGAUACAGUCUGUGGCGAUUACGUUAUUGCACCCUUGAAACUGGCUGGUGCUGCACUCAAACUGAUCGCGAAAGAUUCUUUGGUUGCCGUGCUGACUAAAAACGCAGUUUUUUGUCUGUGGAAUAUGAGUUCAAAGCGGAAUUUGGUGCGGAGUGAUGUGGGACACCUUUUUACAAAUCCACAAUCAUCGGUCAGUGUGUUGAUGUUGACAGAUGACGGAGCACCUGUGAUUGGCCUCACUUCUGGGAAAGCUUACGUUUUUUCUACUGAUCUGCAAUCUUGGGCACUUGUCUGUGAUUCUUCUGACACUGUGAAAAACAUUGCACAUCCAUCGGCGGUGAGAAACGCUAGUUCCAGUGGUGGAAUCAAGAAAUCCUGGGGUUAUGGUAGUAGGGAUCUCCCUAUUUUAUUAGGGAUCCAGGAGCAGCUCAAACGGAAUGUUUCCGGUGCCAGUCAGCUGUUCCGAUCGACGACGGAAAUGCAGCAUUUGGGUACCAUGAGUUAUUUGAAUUCUCAAAUGGCGGCUGCAAAGCUGCUGAAUUCUCCGAGAGAUUUCAAAGAAUGUCUCGUGAAUUUCGUGCGCUAUUGUGUUCAAAACGGACUUGAAAUCCGGUUGAGGCAGGUAUUUGAUGACCUUCUUGGGCCUAUUUUCGGCAGAAAAUCCUCAGCUCAGUGGCAGGAAGAAAUCGUAGGUUUGAACAAACGACAGUUGCUGAAAGAAGUUUUACCUCUGGUAUCGUCCAACCUUGCAUUACAACGACUGCACGUCGAGUAUACGGAUUUGCUUAACUGUGUGGGGAAGGGUGGAAUUUCUUCUCUUCGGGAAGUCACGCCGAGUUCCGUGUCCAACAGCGCCAUGAACGGAGACGUAUGAUGCCUUUCUUCGCCAAUAGGUCGGUUAUUGGUCUUCCAUAUGAUGCUGUUGAAGGACUGCAGACCUCUUAUUCGUGUUCUAAACCUUGCCACUGAUGUUUUGGCGAGUUACUUUAAGAUGGCGGAAAGUGGAUGUGAAGCGUAUGUGAGAGUAUUUUCAUCCAUUUCUUGGUCGGCAGGCGUUGUUCGCCUUGCUCAGUCAGCACCAGUCCUUGUGAUGUUUUUGUUAUCUUGAUCGAUUGUUCCAAAUAAUAAUGAUCCAAGGCUGAAGAAUAGUGGCUCAUGUCUCCAUGCUUCGAACAUUGCCAUUUUUUCAUCGCCGCGGCUAGUUUUGCUACUUUUUCUAAUUUUUUCACGGUCAAAGCGCAGCGUUCUAAGGAUGGAUCUCAUCUGAAGCAAUUGGGUUUUUUUGUGUGGUGAAUUUUACGAAGGAGUGUUGGGGAGAGUAAAAUGUGGCAGUGACCGUUUUGUCCAAAA